CCCUCGGGCCCACCACCUGGGCCGCGCCACCGAUUCGCCCGAGCCCUCUUCCUCCUCCUCCCCCUCCUCCCCUCCCCCUCCUCCUCCUCCUCGUCGGCGUGGCAUCCCAGGCCGCUCGCUUUCAGAGGUUAUGUCGCUCCCACGUCCACGAGUUUGCGAGUCGUUGUUAGGAGACCUUUGGUGGUGAGACUAACCAAGGAGAUAGUGGAGACAUAUCGAAUAUGCAACCCUCAUUUCAACUAUUCUGAAGAACUGAACCCAAAGCGGUAUUUGACCACUCCAUCAGUUGGAGUUCUUAAUGAUGGCUAUGACAAUGCAAACUCGGACCUUAUUUUGACAGUAAACUUUGUCCUGGUCAAUCCAGAUACGAAACGGAGAUAUAUUGUCAAAGAAGUCCUAGGCCAUGGUACCUUUGGUCAGGUUGCCAAAUGCUGGGUUCCUGAAACUUGCAGUUUUCUUGCUGUCAAAAUUAUAAAGAAUCAACCUGCAUACUCCCAACAAGCACUGGUUGAAGUUUCUAUUUUGACAACGUUAAAUAAGAAGUAUGAUCCUGAGGAUAAGCAUCACAUUGUCCGUAUCUAUGAUUACUUCAUAUGUCAUCAGCACUUAUGCAUCUGUUUUGAGCUGCUUGAUACAAAUCUGUACGAGCUUAUUAAGCUUAACCACUUCAGGGGAUUGUCGUUGAGCAUAGUGCAGCUGUUCUCCAGACAAAUUUUACGUGGACUGGCUCUUUUAAAAGAUGCUGGUAUCAUUCAUUGUGAUCUGAAGCCAGAGAACAUACUCCUAUGCACAAGCACGAAGCAAGCAGAAAUAAAGAUUAUCGACUUUGGAUCUGCAUGCAUGGAAGAACGAACUGUCUACUCAUACAUUCAGAGCCGCUACUAUAGAUCGCCUGAAGUUCUUCUUGGGUAUCGAUACACAACGGCUAUUGACAUGUGGUCUUUUGGCUGCAUAGUGGCGGAACUGUUCCUGGGAUUGCCGUUGUUUCCUGGAGCAUCAGAAUUUGAUCUUCUGCAGAGAAUGAUCAAAAUACUUGGAGGACAGCCCCCUGAUUAUGUACUUAAGGAGGCAAAAAAUACAACCAAGUUUUUUAAGUGCAUUGGAAAUGUCCAUGAUAUGGAGAAUUUUCAGGCUUCAAUUUGUCAGAGGAGUGUUUAUCAAGUUUUAUCAGAAGAAGAAUAUGAAGCUAGAGAGCUGAAAAAGCCUUCGAUUGGAAAAGAGUAUUUCAAUUAUAUGAAUCUUGAAGCAAUUGUAACAAGCUACCCAUACCGAAAGAACUUGACUAAAGAAGAUAUGAUCAAAGAGUCUCAAGUACGGUUAGCUCUAAUUGACUUCUUAAGAGGACUUGUUGAGUUUGAUCCUGCAAAACGGUGGUCGCCAUUUCAGGCUUCAGGACACCCAUUUGUCACUGGUGAACCUUUUACAUGCCCUUAUCAACCGCCUCUGGAGACCCCUCGCAUGCUGGUUGCUCAAAAUAUCAAGGUAGAUCAUCACCCAGGUGGAGGACAUUGGUUUGCUGCUGGUUUGUCUCCUAAUGUAGUUGGCAGGAACAGGGUCCCCCUGCAUAGUAGUCCUAAUUUCCAAGCGGUGCCAUAUGCUCAUGCAAGUAGCUAUGGCAGUUUAGGAAGUCAUGGGAGCUAUAAUGAUGGUGCUGGGCUUGGCAGCAGCUAUGGAAGUUAUGGUGAUAAUGCAAAUCUUUUCGCAUAUUAUUCACCUGUUGGUCCAUCUGCUAUGAACAUUAGUUCACAAGGCAAUGGGAAAAUGCUUGGAAGCAGUCCUGAUGCAAGAUGGAGGAAUUUUCAAUAUUCCCAUGUAAAUGGACUUGGUAUGAGCCCAUCUGCAGGGAACAUUGCCUCCUUGCCCCUAGGCACUAGUCCUUCGCAAUUUACUCCACCAAACUCCUAUGGCCAAUUUUCAGUUGGUUCUCCUGGGCAGUUUGGCCCACCGUCUCCAGCAAGAGGUAGUCUGCAGGGAUCACCACUGGGAAAGACGGCUGCAGCAGGACAGUUUAACAGAAGAAAGGGUUGGACUUAUUCUGGAAGCUCACAGUAUCAGGAAAGUUCAUCUUCACUGCAUUGGCAAGGGCAUCAUAAUGAAGGAGGCAACUCUGGCCAAGCUGAGGGUAGUUCACACCUGCCUAAUGAAUCAACUCUGCAUUUGCCAUCAAAUCUUAUUGCUGUAAGCAGGAAACAACAGCAAGUGGUCGGUGGAAUUUCUUCCGGAUUUCCUGCCAUGCAGAAUGUUUCUGGAUCCUUUGCACAGGUUUCCAAUAGGCAGUGGCACCAAACUCUAGGAGCCCCUGAUGACAUGCAUGAUGCUGGUUCAUCAUUGCCCAAUCCUGGAGAUUGGGAUCCCAACUACAGUGAUGAACUACUACUGGAAGAAGUGGAAGAAGAAUCCUCAGAUAAAAGUUGCCUAGCCACUGAGUUUGGGAAAGUGAUGCAUCUCAGUUCUGCAGAGUCAUUAGUAGGUGUCAGGAGGCCCACCAAGGUCCCCACAUCAAGUACAAAUUCAUUCAUAAGACACAACGGUCCUGCUCAAUCAUUUAUACACGUAGAGCCAGGCAAUCCUCCACCUCAUGAUCAGUAUUUUGGACAAAUACGUGGCUUGUCAAACCCUUCCCAUUUUAUGCCGCCGCCCUCUCAUAAUUCUUUCAGCCGUUUGGCGCAGCAUCGUGCUCAGCGACUAUAUUAUGGAAGAGCAUCCUCUGGGCGUGGAAAUGAGUGGGAUUAUAACAAGAUGCAGGCUCCUUCUUCAAGCUUCAACAAUGGGGUUGCACAUCCUCAUGGAAACAGCUCUUUCAUCAAUGGCAUGUCAUGGGGGCGAAGGGCCAGUGAUGCUUUCACAAACAUACCUCCAACAACUCGUGGAAGAAAAGACUAUGGAAGAAUUGCCUAAUAGCAAAAGAUUGAUUAAAUUUUUACAAUGAGGAAUCACUGCUUUGGAUGGCCAAGAAAGUCAGAUUGAUAGUUCACCUGUCUUGUGGGCUUGUGCAACGAGAUUCUCAAUCAUGUGAUGCUCAUUGCUGUGGUCAUGGUGAAUAUAAUUUAUUGUUCAGGUUUGAGGAGCUCUUGUGACUUAUCUUUUGAAUGAUGCUUUCCAAUUUGUGGCCAUUUAAUCAAUUUAUCUGCCUUUGAGGUGCCAAAUCCUAUUUGAUUCUUGUGUAACACUGAUACUGCUCUGGUAUAGCAUCUUAUUUUAUUUGUCCUGGUAAUCAAAGAAAGAAAUGUAGAUUGCUUUUGUUCGAAGGGAAGUGCCAAGAAUUUUGGUGAAUGGGAAUGUGGAGGGGAUUGUAAUUGAGGUCACAGAGGAGUUCCAUCAGCUUCUUUGAAA